UGUCAAUUCAUCAAUGUCAAAUAGAAUGAAAAGCGGGUGUUUUUAUUGUGGCAAAUAAUUUUUUUAUAUUUGUGAUUAAAGUAAAUGGGCCAUGGAUUCUCUACCAGCCUCACCUGAAGUCACCUACAAUUGGGUUGAUAUAACUUCCGAUUUCUUUAAAUAUAUUCAAGAUCUCAAAUUAGGAGAAUUACUACAUGAUGGCCACCUUUUUGGUUUAUUUGAAGCUAUGUCAGCUAUUGAAAUGAUGGAUCCUAAGAUGGAUGCUGGGAUGCUUUGUAAUCGGGGGAAUCCAAAACCACUAAACUUUCCACAAGCUGUUGCUUGUGGUAAAUUAAAAAUAGAUGAUCUUGAACCUAGUGAGCUGAUAGGUAUAAUAGAUGCUACAAUGGCUUGCAUCGUGUCUUGGCUGGAAGGUCACUCAUUGGCGCAGACAGUGUUUACCAAUCUGUAUCUACAUCAGCCACAUUCUAUAAUAAAUAAAACACUGAAAGCAUACUGCAUUGCGGUGUACAAGCUGUUGGACUGUAUAAGAGAUUGUAUUAACAAAGCGUUAGUAUUUGAAGAGGAAGAUUUUCUACCGAUGGGCUAUGGCUAUCGUCUUGGCUCCAAUCCACAAAUGGGAAGCACAUAUGAUGCUAGUCUUGAAGUCAGUGAGCAGAAAAGUAUCGCAAUGUUGCGAGAACAAGAGGAAGAACUUAAUAAAAAGGCACGGAGUUUUGAUGAUGAUGUUAAUAAUUUGUGGUUGGCAUUGGCUGCUAGAAUUCGCUUCACAAGAAUGAUUUACCAAGCUUUGCUAGUAAUAACAAAACGAGAUUGUCAAUCUGGGGCAGAUUGUGUUGCCUUACUGAAUGGAUGCUCGGAAAUGAUGAAGAUCAUUAUCAAAACAUCAGGAAAAGGCACUCAGCCAGUCGAGAAUUCCGAUUCCCCUAACCCUAUGGGUUUUGAACCAAUGAUCAACCAGCGGCUGCUGCCCCCAACUUUCCCUCGCUACACGCGCAUCAAGCCUCGAGCCGAAGCCCUGCAGUACUUCGACGAACUGGUUACGAGGCUCAGACAUGCUUGGAAGAUUACUUCGUGCACUAACUUUCAUACUGCACUUGAUUUCUUCAUGGACUUCAGUCGGCAACGGUCGUGUAUUCUGUCUCGGUCAGCACUGCAGCUGCUGUACCUGAGCCCCUCGCCCGCCAGCACAGCGAGCAGCGCGGUGGCGGCGCCCGGACAGCCGCGUCCGCACCAUCCCUUCAUCGAGAUACUGCGCGAGUCAAUCAGGAGCUUCGUCAACCCUCCAGCACUCACCCCCAAGUCACCAGCGACGUGCACCCCUCAGGCUCGUGAAUUGGUGGAGAAUUUCCUUGUGCGCUGCGUGCGUCCAUUCGCGGUGCUGCUGCAGGUCUGCGGACACAACCGCGCGCGUCAGCGGGACAAGCUGGCCUUACUGCUCGACGAGUUUGCUGCACUACAGGAAGAGGCGGAGAGUGUAGAUGCACUGGUGGGGGGCGGCGUGGUGGGUGGCAGUGGGGCGGGGCGCUCGUGCUUCGGCACGUGGCUGCUGUACCACGUGCUACGUGUUAUGAUCGCCUACCUGCUCGCGGGUCUCGAGCUGGAGCUUUACAGUGUGCAUGAGUACCACUACAUAUUCUGGUAUUUGUAUGAGUUCCUGUACGGAUGGCUGGUGUCUGCGCUGGGGAGGGCGGAGGCGCUGUCGGGGGAGGCGGCGCGGCGCGACACCAAGCGCGGAGCUCGCAAGCACAAGAAGAGAGCGCGGCCGCACGCACGGGAAGGACUCAUGUGCCAAGUGUUGCAGAAUAUGUGCGGAGGAUACUACAAGGCUUUGGUGGCGUUCAAGCUUCAAGGUAAGAUCCGUCAGCCGGCGUGCGCGUUUGACAGCGAGGCGGUGCGCUACAAGCAUCGGUUUGCACCUCUCGCCGUGCUCACUCCGCCCCAAGUACACUACCACGAGUUCUGCGAGAUGACACAGCCUCUCAAGUACGAGAAUCCUGUUAUCCUGUAUUUAGGCGGCUGCAAACAUUUUCAACAAGCGCGUACCGUUCUAGAAACUAUUACGACACCAGAUCAAGAGGUAACAGAUCUCCUUAAAGUGGCCAAAACAAAUUUUGUAGUUUUAAAAUUAUUGGCCGGCGGACACAAACGCGACUCCACCGCUCCACCAGAGUUUGACUUCUCCGUGCAUAGACAUUUCCCGAUCAUAAAACUAGUCUAAUUAAUAAUAUUAUUA